AAGAGUGUUAAGCUUUGCUGUGCAGCGGCAGCAUGCCUUUACUCUGCCAUACGUUGGCUGUGGCUUUGAUCCAGAUCGUCAUCAUCUCAGGCCACCGGAACUCGGCCAAGAACGUCAACUUCUAUAAUGUGAGACUUCCAGUAGACCCUACUCCAUUCCCAAGCAGCUUCAAGUGCUUUACUUGUGACAAUGUUGUGGACAACUACAACUGUAACAGAUGGGCUGAAGAUAAAUGGUGUCCUCAGAACACGCAGUAUUGUUUGACUGUCCAUCACUUCACCAGUCAUGGAAUGAGUGCCUCUGUCACCAAAAAAUGUGCUACCAGGGAAGAAUGCCAUUUUGUUGGUUGUCGCCAUCGCAGGGAAACUGGUCACACGGAAUGUGUCUCUUGCUGCGAAGGGAUGAUCUGCAACGUAGACUUGCCAACGAACCACACAAAUGCCAUAUUUGCAGUUGUGCAUAGGCAUCGGACAUCGAGCUGCAGCAGGAGGAAGGCUGUUAGCAUGCUGUUGCUGGUCUCUGUCAUCACAGCUUACCUGUUGUGAUAAGACUUUACUGGUCAGCUGCAAGUAACCUGAAGCUAUAUGAAGACUGGCUCAGGCAGUGAGGAAGAAGAGACUCCUGAUUUUUGUACGUGGGAGAUAAUUGUGUAACGGUGCUGUGUGUUGAUGCAGACUGCUGCCCAUUUCGUAAAAAUGCUUGCUAAGUUUUGUGGAAAGCAUUCAAAAGGUACAUCACGAUUGUAAUUUAAAAAAGAAAUGGGACCCAUUUAUCAGCAUUUUGCUCAGUACUGGAACUAGGAAUUGCUAGAAAAUUCUGAAGUAUUAAACAUUCCCAUUUGCCGUUUCAUCUGAGACAGAAAGAAAGAAACCUCAAGUUCUCCUUAUCUUCUCUUCUGGUGUUAUGAUUCCUCCUAAUCUUGGUUUUGAAAGCGAACAGUCAAUCUGAUGACAGCGGUGUAAAAGAGACGCAACUGAAUGGUACAACACGAACAUGGCGUCUUUAUUGGGAUUGCCUCAAAUCAAUAGAAACGUCAAUUACGUUAUUAUUUCUCUUGCCGUACCAGUGUUGUGACAUAGCUCAAGGAAAACGAUGGGCAAAUCUCAAAUCUAAAGAAGUUUGACUGCUGUAAACAUUAUUAGAUAAAGUUAAAAAAAA